UACCAGCACUUAUCUUCUGGGCACCUGCAGCAGGCACUUGGGGUUCAGUCAUCUGUGGACCUAGUGCUGUGACUAAGCUCUGUGUCCUAGCCAACAUGCCGCAGCCAACAGACCAACAGCAAGAUGCGAGGUCCUUCCUCAGCGAGGAAAUGAUCGCUGAGUUCAAGGCCGCCUUUGACAUGUUUGACACAGAUGGCGGCGGUGACAUCAGCACUAAGGAGUUGGGGACUGUCAUGAGGAUGCUGGGACAGACCCCAACCAAAGAGGAGUUGGACGCCAUCAUUGAGGAAGUAGAUGAGGAUGGCAGCGGUACCAUCGACUUUGAGGAGUUCUUGGUCAUGAUGGUGCGCCAGAUGAAAGAGGAUGCUCAAGGAAAGAGCGAGGAGGAGUUAGCUGAAUGCUUCCGCAUAUUCGACAAGAAUGCUGAUGGCUACAUUGACAGUGAAGAGCUGGCUGAGAUCCUGCGCUCCUCUGGGGAAGCUAUCACAGAGGAGGAGAUUGAAGAACUCAUGAAGGAUGGAGACAAAAACAAUGAUGGAAAGAUUGACUUUGAUGAAUUCCUCAAGAUGAUGGAAGGUGUGCAGUAAAUUGUGGGACAUUCCUUUCGUAUCCUGUGAUGCUGAACCUGUACAUUAAAUUUUGUCUUAAAUUUGCAACGGGAUGGAGUUAGUUACUUUGCUCUGUCCUACACCACCCAGACUUCCCACUGCUCAUUCAUAGGUGCUCAUCAUUUACAACGUCAGUCUUGCUUCCUACGGAAAGACUCUUUUUGUUUUCUCCACCAUCUUCAUUUACAGACUCUACUAUAUUUCAUUAUUUCUUCCUAUCAAGUGUUAUUUAUAAAACUGAAGUUCUCAUUAAAAGUCUUUGUCAAACCUUUCAAA